AUGAUAAUUUCCGGCUACAUGGCAGAAUUAUGGAAUAUAAUAGAAGAAACAUUACACUUCAAGUGCGUGAUAUUAUACCUACAACUGGUUUAUAGAUUUACAGCUAUCUUUAUCGAUAAGAGGAAAAUUUUGUUCAAUAGAAAUCAAUUUAUUGAGAUGAAUUUCCGGGAUGGUAAAGAAGCUCUUAUCAGGGGAUCGGUGGACAUAAUUUUGAUACCAGUUGUUGUAACGAGUUCAGAUGCUGAUUUUUUUCAUUUUUCAAUUCCGGUGGCUAAAAAUUGGUAUGAAAUGUACAUGAAACGUAACAAAGGAGAAGCUACUUCUGUAUCGUAUUUAGAAACUUGGAAUCCAAGUUUGUGGAUAGCGUUUACAUUAAGUAUAUUCAUAUUGAGUCUGAUUCUUUGGAUGAUGAUAAAGACUAGGAAAAUCCUAGGCUUAGACGAUGUCAAGGAACAACCAACCGAUUACCUUCCAAAAUGGAAGAAAGUAAUGGAAGAAAACAGCUACUCUCAAAUACUCGCCGAAGAACACACAUCUUUAAGUUCAUGCUUCUUAAUGGUUUUAGGAGGUAUCACAUCUCAAGGAUUCAACAUGAACCCAAAGUCAGCCUCUCUCCGUAUAGUUAUGCUGGUGGUAUUAUUUUUCGGUUUAAUUAUGAUCAACUCGUACGCAGCAGUCCUGGUAUCACGAUUAGCUGUAGAUAAAGUAGAUAUUCUGUUUCCCACACUGGAAUCAGUAAUCGAAAGGAAAACGCACACGUUAUGCGUCCGAGACACCGGUUACGCGUAUCGAUUAUUCAAGGAAAACGAAAGCGAUCCCCAAAUAAUGCCAAUUUGGCAAACCGUAGUCAAUCAGCCACCAUGUUCGAACACCUCGACGGUACAAGACAUAGCCGUUGCUCUUUGCCAAGACUCCACCGUUGUAUUAGAAUCUCCUCAUAUUAUCGCCUCCAUCAUGGAAUCUCGUACAUGCUCCAUAACAAGAAUGCCAGGCCGAUACGCGACUGCUUACACUUCUCUACUGAUGCGUAAAAACUUCACAUUCAGGAGAGAUAUCGAUGAAAUUUUACAGAAAUUAUCAACUAGCGGCGUUAUCGAUUACUUACAAAAGAAAUGGUUACAUCGCAGAAUGCCACCUGAAAAGCUGAACAUGUCCAGUAACAAACCUGUCACUAUUGAGCAUAUCAAUGGACUUCUGAUUGUUUACGCCAUAAGUAUAAUUCUCGCACUGGUUGUGCUUCUCGUUGAAAAAUUCAUUGACUGGAAAAAAAGCAAAAAUACUAUAACGUUAAAAUUCGCAAAUUAAGAAAUUUAUUUCAAAAAAAUCACAAUUAUAUCACUAUAGUUUUAAAUUCGAAUUACUUAAAGAAAGCAACAUAUUUACAUCAAGUUCUGAACACGCUUAGUCAGUCAUUUCUAAUUUGAAAUGGAGUUAAAAGCACGUAAUAUUAUUUUACAAUUAUUAAACAUAUAACACAGCAAUUAAACUAACCAAAAGCUCCAACAAAAUAUCCGAAAGUAAAAUUUUCUCUCAUUUAUACAAAAAACGAAUGCCACCAAGCUCGUAUCCGGGCACAAAUGCGGUCACUUUUACUAGUAAAAAUCUGCUAUCAUCGAAUUGAGAUUCUUGCAAUGAAAAAAAACUGGGCUAGAGGUAGUUUGAUGCUGAGAUAUGGAAAAACGUUCUAAAUGUAAAUCGUAACAUUGAAAAUUGAUGAGCAAAUUUUUAGUCAAUGGAUGAUCCUAAGUUGCUGAUCAAGUUAAUCUAUCUAUUUCCUAACAGUGACCACGAAAAAUCGUUAAGCAUCCGAGUUUCCGAAUAUCCGGUUGUCAACCGGAUUCCAGGAAUCCUUUGUUUUUUUUUUACUGUUUCUGUGACUUUUUUUUGGAAUUCGAAUCUCUGCGUUGGAAAAGUCACAGAAACAGUAAAAAAAAACAAUGGAUUCGGCGAAUCCGGGUGUCAUCCGGUUAAUCGGUUAAAGCAGUAUCCGGAUGGCAUAUUCCGAUUUCAUUCCGAUUAUCCGGUUGUUGUACAGCACUAGGUAAAGGCUCGUUUAUACUGGCCGCGGAACGAGACCGUAAACUUUCCGCGGAAAAUCAAAGCUGGGAGUUGUAACGUAGUCGUUUAUAGUGGCUACGGACACCGUUCCGUAGUUUCUUAUGGAUUUUCAAUUAUUUUUGAAAAUCCGCGGAACGGAUCCAAGUUGUUCCGCGGCCAGUAUAAACGAGCCUUAACAUACCGAAGUGAAACGAAAAGAAAAGGAAAAUAAAAUCUCGUCCAUCAGGAAAACAAUAAUAAAAGGAAAAUAAAAUCUCGCCCAUCGGGAAAACAAUAAUAAGAGUGAAAUAAAAUACGUUAAAAACUUUUUUCCAAAAUGAAAAAUUAAAAAUCUUCGAGUAAACAUUUGGAAUGCUUAAUACAACCGCAUCAAUCAAAAUACUUAUAUUUUAUGAGCGUAACCGACAUAUCAGUCGUACCGAUGAAAAAAAAAGUAGAAAUGUUACCCCUUAACUGUACCCUGCUGUCUACAAUUAAGCUGUGAAAAUACUGUAGGCCGCUAAUAAAACGCGAAAAAAAAGAAAAACUACUACAUAAUAUAAACGAAUAUGUUGAAUGGCUCGUCUACGAAACACUUUCGCACUAAACGAAUCAGACUAGAGAUAAUGAACGGUAUCGAUAUCAUCAUCUGAGAAACACGAUACCUAAUAAUGCUAAAAUAGAGAGAAAUCCAGUCGAUAGUAAACCAACGAUAACCCGAAUUUUCCAAUGAUGAUUAGAAGCACGUAAAGUAUCAAUUAUACGAAGAACUUGAUUCC